CCUUGUGCUCUAACGCCGAUGCGUAAGAAAGAACAACGCGGACCUUGCCCUUUUGCUACCAGAGCGCUGGAGGGUUACAGAAGGUUUCGUCCUCGGCUUCUUCUUUCCCCUCUGCCGGUCUGAGAUGAGAAGGCUUUUCUGAGCUUCUUCUGAAAAACCUACCGGACGAUUUUUUUUGUUAGGAGGCGUCCGAUCCUACACCGAAAUGUUGACCAAAAUGGAUCAGACGAGCUGGUCAUCGGGAACAUCAGGCGCUCGGAGUGGAUCGCGGCAAUUUAGCACUUCAUCGCAGCCUCUGCUAAGUGGCGUUUCUUCGCCCAAGAGGUUUGUAGACUGCAGCAUGAGGCCUUACGGAGCCCGUUUCCCAUAGAUAACUUUAUAAACAACUAGUUCAGUAGGGGUUUGGGGGGGUGAAUUCAGUCGUGUAGCAUUUAGGAACUGUUAUUGUUUAUUGGAGAUGACCAAUGGGCCAAAAGUUGUUAACUAAAAGGUAUCUGAGCGAGUUACAUAGAAAAACUCACACAUAAAUGUACUGUAUUAUAAAACUGAACAGGAAAAUAUUCAUAUAAAACAUCAACAGUCCUUACAGCAUAUAAAAGACAAGAAGCCCCUCCCCCAAGAGGUUGUUCUUUGCUUGUAAAGAAAUAGGGGUAGAAUAAUUUUAAUCUUGUAAAAUCUGGUUUGUUUUUCCUUAAGACAGAAGGGUGUGCCUAGGCCAACCCCAACCUCUCUCACCAUCAAAGAAACACAAGUGAAUAGCAGAGAACCUGCACAAGCGACACUGACAUAAAAAUAUUAAGUAUAAUAGAAACAUCGCCACCCGACCUCACCCCCGCUCACCUUCCCCCCCACCUCUUUCCCCCUUUUCUUCCUAAUGUCUCAACAAAUGAAACUGAUCUGUAAAAAAUGUUACUUGGGGGGAAAAGAGAGAGAGAGAUUGCACAUGCUUUUGUAAACCAAGAAAAUCUUUAAUAAAAAUACAUUUAAAAAAGAAGGAAAGAAGGGUGUGCAGAUAUGUAAAAACCUUUAAAACUUGCAAUCUUAAACUAUCUGGUACAAUUUACCUCGUAGUUCUUUCUUUCUUUCUCAUGAGCAUAGUGUGGGAUUUGGCUUUUAAGUUGCUUCCUGCUAUUAUACAAUGGCACUGAGUGAGCAACUGAAAGAGGCAUUCUUUCUGUACACUGAUGUUUCCCAGACAGUGAUAGCUGAUACAGAGGGCCACAAUCACCCAGCAGGCAACCCAAGCUGGAUUGUCCGACUUUGAAGACACCUGUUCUGGCUUGUCUUCUCAACAAUCCGCUCAUUGGGUGAAACAAGUAACACAUGUAGUUCCUAUGCCAUGAAUAAAUGCAUCCCUUCCCCAUGAAAUUAUUAUUCUAUAUUACAGUAAUGUGCCGUGCAUGCAAAUUGCACAUUGAAGUAAUGAAAUGUGGUGCCCAGCUUAUGGAUGUGUGUGGGGGGGUGGCAAUUAGGUAUGAGAGCCCUUUAGGUAAUCUGCAAGCUCCAGCCCCCUGUAGAUUUUGUCAAAUUACUGUCCCCCUCCCCAUCCCUUUCUAAAAACAAUAGUGGGUGAGGCCAUCACAUAAAGUAAGCGCCCCCCCCCCAACACCACAUACACAUAUUAAUCUGAACGUGGGUUACAUGUAAUGUUUUUUUUAAAAAACAAACAAGCACAUUUUGUUGUACUCCAAACAGUUUAUCUAGUAUGUGUAAAAGAAAAAACUGCCCAGCGAUAGAGACACUCCAGCCCCUUCUGUUUCUUCAUUAUUUAUAUAUUUAUUUAUUUUUCUGUGUCUUCAUGAGCCACUUCUAUGGUGUGUCUCAGAGAGAGCCUGUAAUUGUGCCCUUGAGUAACUGUGAUUGACUGGUCAGAUCAAACACAGGGCAGAAACAGCAGAAUUAUCCAUUCCUGGUGGAGGUCUAAUGGAAAGAGACUUAGCUUUGGGGGGGCGGGAUAUAAAACAAGGUUUUGUUUUAUUGGGGUAAAUUUAACUUCCUCAUCCCUUUGUUCUCUUUUCAGCGAAGGCGAAGCUCUGUCAAAUGCAGUAUUGCUCGAAGACUCCCCCGCUGACAACCUGGAUUGGGUUUUAGAUCACUGCUUUAAACAAUUCAAGAUCAGAGAGGCUUAUCCACAUUUUUUCCUCAAAGUGAAAGCAAGCAGAUUUGGGCCCCCCAGAUCUCGACGUCGCAUUCUCAUUGCCCCUCCGAUGAGUAAAAUGGCGGUUCGCGGGCCCAGGCCUCACCCGCCUGAACUUCCCGCUCCAGAGCAGAAACCUGUGGGCUCAGGAAAACUUCCAGAGGCUGAAGAUAAAACCUCUGCGAAAGAGGAGGCAGAUCUGCAAGAGCUGGAAGCUUGGAUCCAGGGAAGAAUACAACUGCAGAAUCUGCUGAACUGUGUGGACCUGGAGCAGUGGCUGAUGGGGAAAGAGCCCGUCAGUGAGCAGGAACAAAAUGUGCUGAGGAAGAUACAAGAAGACAAGGAAGCAUUGAAGACUAAAGUGCAAGCCAAGUUGUGGGAAGAUGACACCCUUGAGGUAAGCGGUGGAGGCUGGUCCUUUAGGGGCUAGUGUGGCAGGCCCCCCCCAUCUCUGCCUGCCCUUAGCUAGGCCCCACCUGCCUGCCUUCUUACUUACAGUUAGCCCAGGGGGUUGGCUGUGACUGCCAGAUCAGCUCUCCUCCUGUUUUAAGGUAAAGGUAAAGGGACCCCUGACCAUUAGGUCCAGUCGUGACCGACUCUGGGGUUGCAGUGCUCAUCUCGCUUUAUUGGCCGAGGGAGCCAGCGUAUAGCUUCUAGGUCAUGUGACCAGCAUGACUAAGCCGCUUCUGGCGAACCAGAGCAGUGCCCGGAAACACCGUUUACCUUCCCGCCGGAGAGGUACCUAUUUAUCUACUUGCACUUUGACGUGCUUUCGAACUGCUAGAUGGGCAGGAGCAGGGACCGAGCAAUGGGAGCUCACCCCAUUGCGGGGCUUUGAACCGUCGACCUUCUGAUCAGCAAGCCCUAGGCUCAGUGGUUUAAACCACAGCGCCACCCACGUCCCUUCUGUUUUAGGUGUGACCAGUAUAUGUGCUGUCACACACACAGCGCCAAACCCGAAAGUAACCCAGAAACGCCAUAAAGACGUCACUAAAAGGGCGGUACGGGGUGUGUGACAAGAGAGCAAUGAUCCGGAACACAACCCCCGGGUAAAUGAGGGGUUGCCUGUGUGACAGUGUUGGAACUUAUUAGGAACUUGCAAGUUCAUAGUGCCACAGAGAACCACAGCUGGCCUCAGCGACUCAGCUGUUUGAGAUUUAAGGCAGUUUUGCUCCCUGUGUGCUAUCUCAUAGGUAUAGAAUUAUCCAGGGAGUUUCAGUUUCAAAUAAUGGGAGAAAUACGUAAUUUGUUGAUGGGUUGGGAUAAAUAUUCUACUUAUAAGGUUUCUGCCUGUGCCUUAGCAGCUCAGCAGAUCAGAUAAAUUUGACUGACUGACUGAUUUAAGGUAGUGAAGAUCCCAAAUGGAGCUUUUCGUUUUGCAAACAAAAAUGUUUCCCCAUCUCAGCUGUUACUCUUUCACAAUAUCCAUUAACAAAAAUAGAACAAUGUAACAAAUGAAAUUAUGUGAUAUAACAACAAGGGCACACACACACACACACACACACACACACACACGGUUAAAAACCUUUGCACUGGGAAGGACAUUGAGGGGAAGAGGGAGCGUGUCUCUGUUGCCAAGCAGCUAACCGUAACCCUCUCCUGCCACAAUCCCAUCAAGCAUAGAUCCUGAUUAGGGCAGGAUGGGGACGGGGAUGUGCAGCCAAUGGACAUUUUGUUAAGAUAAUGCAAUAUACAUGGACAUGUGUAUCUGGAAGCACAUCCAAACAUAGACACGGUUUAUUUACAGUGUAUCCUCUUCAAUGGGAUGUGAAUCUAUAUAUACAGGCAGCGACUGUUUUAGGUGCAUCCAAUCUGUGUGUGACCGUGCAUGCAUGCAUCGCGCCAAACCCAGAAGUGACCUGGAAGCAUCAGAGAGAGGGCAGUGCAGUGGCUGAACGGGGUGUUUGCAGACUUUUUCAAUGGUGGUUCUUCAAAUAUACUCAAUUUCACUUAAAUGUGUGGUGCCUUGCAACAAACCCCAUGUUAAUUGGGCGUUGCCUGCAUCCCUAUCCACAUUCUGCCUCAACUCAUCCCUAUCCACAUUCUGCCUCAACUCAUCUGCCGCAACUCCACAAACUGCAUUUGGAUCAGGGCAACAGGCUUGUUUUGCAAUCCUGGCCGGUAAGAAAACUUGCAGCAUGACAGGGAGUUCAGCUCACUCACCUGAUCAAAAGGGACACUUAACUGUUCCCUCUAUUCAGAGUGGGGUCAGUGGGAAUUGUUUUUCUCGCUGUCACCAUCAACACAUCACCAGCUCUGAUUGGCUACAUGGCUUCAUAAUGUUGUCUUCAUUGUGAUGACUGAUUGGCUGGUUCUUUCGUGUUCCUAUGACCAAUGUGAAUGUUUCUUCUUCACAGGAAGAAAGUUUUACAUGUCCUUUUCCAUCCCCUCCCCCCCCCCGCCCAAUGUCUUUCAGAAUCUGAGACCAAAGCCACCACACAAGAUUGUCAUCCCUCGUGUCAACGCUCCUCACCCCAAGUCCCUCAUGACGCUGCAAAACCUUCUGCACAAGCAGAAACUCAAGCUGGUGGACCUCUUUAAGAAAUCAGACAGGACCAAGACGAUGAGGUUCAGCAGAGCCGACUUCAUUAAAAUAAUCCAAGAGGUAAGUGGCAAAGCCUAUUUAUAAACCAUGUCCCUGUUUAGACAGAGAGAUUGGGUAGAUGUUCCUGGGUGGGGAUUUUCGGUAGUUGCUUCUCAGCCAUGGGAAUCACAUAUUCAACCCUUUUUUUGCACACUUGAUUCCUCUUAUGUUGAGGGAUGUGUGUGCAGCUUCUAUAUGCUUAUGCUCCUUCCCAGAUCAGGGCACAGGCAUCCUCUUGCACACCAACUAUUGGCCUACAUAAUUUCACUUGCUGCUAACGGGCACACACAGUACGGAUGCUCAAGGAUUUCAAUGGGUCAGCAUUUGAAUAUAACAGGUUCUGAAUUCUGCUUCCUGGGAGAAUAUACAGAUCGAAAUGAAAUCACCCCUUCCGUUUUUGCACUUUGCUAAUAUGGUUCUCAGCACAAAAACUAUACAUUAAAAAUAAGCACAUACUAGGUUAAAAUGCAUACAUAAUGUGUAUUUUUAGGAUAUGAUGCAUUUCAAACAUGCAUAUUUUGUGAAGAACGUACAAAGAUAAGGCAGAUUAUUGCAAUAAGGAGUGACUCUUUCUUCAGUUUGGUGGUCACACAUCUUACUUACUGUGAUUGGACCUGAUGAUUGCAGUUUUGAUUUUAUACUCCUUUGCAGACCAACAUUCCUCUCAGUACAACUGACCUGGAAGACGUGAUCACCUACCUCAUGAUGUCAAAGAAAGUGAAUUAUAUAAACAAUGAUGACCUGGUUGAGUGUCAGAGAAUAUGGGCAGAUAACUUAAGAGAGCAAUGGAGGCAGCCUAAAGAAUCAAAGCCAGGUAAACAAACAAGCAAAAGUGUUAAGACGUGGUUCUGUUGUCUUGACAUCGCUAACGGGGAUGAAGUUUUCAGCUUCAGUUGCUGAUGGUUGUAAUAAAGGUUAUCAUAGGAAUUCCUUGUACAAAAAAAAGAAGUUGGCACUCCAGUGUGUAUCCUGAUGCUACGAGUCCUGGCUGUAGCAAUUUAUCUUGCACCUCCAAGAGUUGCUAAGAGCCAUGCUAACCCAAGCUGAUUACAGAUGGGAAAGAAAGGCAGGUUUGGCCUACAUAUUUGAAAGGCAUGUUUGAGUCAUAUCUGAAUAACCCUAGUAGUACUUUUCACCUCCAGCAUUGGUCUUGCGGAGUCAAUCUUCACAUAAAAUAAUUGAGUGGCAUGACUGGGCCAACCUGCAAACCACUGCCAGAGGGGGUGGGGGAAAGGCCACCCUCAGUUUUCAGUCCAUGCUUUCGCUCCUCUUCAAAAAAUACUCUGCUGUCCAGUAUGUUGUAAGGCUGCCAUCCUAGCCCCUGGUCAGAAGUGAAGGAGACAGAUGGAGCAGUACAGCUGCCGCCGCAGUCCUUCAACCCGUGCUGGCCAGGGAUAAAGGUGCAGGGAAAAGUUCCCCUUUGCUGUGCCUACUCCAAGGAAACCCCAACAAAUGCAAUUCAGAGUCAAAUGGACAGGCUUUUUAUGUCAAGAGCUGUAUUUCCUUCAGUGGUGUGUGUGUAAUCUGUUAGGGGCUGCAGGCCAGUAGAGGUGGAGCCAGAGGCAAAAGCGUUCUGAAUUAUAUCAGAAAUAAGGGCUGCUUUGUUUUGGUUUUCACCAUAGCUACCUGCUUUGGACUUUAGGACCCUUUGGUUCCCUUCCAGUUCCACAGUUCUAUGAGUCUGUACCUCAGAUUAGAAUUCCCAGUGCUGUGCAGAUGUAAGCCCUACUGGAUUUGAGGUGAUUGCUCUCGAAUAAGUAUUGCAAGGGAAUUACUUUCUUUUAAUACAACAGGCCAGAAUUGUCAGUUUGCAUUUCUUAGUGCAGAAAGUAUUGAUCUGAUGUGUAGAGAUCUUUCCUAUUCUAAUCAAUUCAAGAGGGUUCUGGAAGCUUCUCUGUGUGAAAGAAACAGGCAGAAGGUUACUGAUGUUUGGUUUAUUCCUUCUGAGAAGCUGAGUACAGCUGGUUUAAACUGGUUCUCUUUCUCUUUCAGUCAAGGUCAUGCUGACUAUAAUAAUGAGGCCAGAAGGAGCCUGGGUUUCAUUUUCUCUUUCUACCUCUUUUCCUUCUGGUGUGGUGUUCUGUACAUAGUAUGCUUAGUGUUGAGGUUUAGACUUGUUAUAAGUUAUUGUAAGUUUAAGUUAAGUCUGCUGCAACUGGAUUUCUUAUGGACUGUGCCAAUCCUGAAUGUAUUGGAUUUGUGACCAUUAUGCUCAUUUGCCUUCAGUAGCAGUAGAGCUCUGCUGGAUUCAAUACAGUGGUACCUCGGGUUAAGUACUUAAUUCGUUCUGGAGGACCAUUCUUAACCUGAAACCAUUCUUAACCUGAAGCACCACUUUAGCUAAUGGGGCUUCCCGCUGCUGCUGCGCCGCCGGAGCAUGAUUUCUGUUCUCAUCCUGAAGCAAAGUUCUUAACCCGAGGUACUAUAUCUGAGUUAGUGGAGUCUGUAACCUGAACUGUUUGUAACCCGAGGUACCACUGUAUUAAUUGCCUCUGGUCUAUUUUGGGGGGAUCCUGCAACAUGUUUAAGUUUUUACUCUACUAACUAAACGUCGGAGUUCUGCUUUGGAUCAAUAUUGAGUAGAAUUUCAUGACAAGAAUGGCUAUUGUUCACUUUGAAAACCCUUGUGAGGAAAAAUAUCUCAUGAUGUCCUCCCAUGAAGAAAGAGAAUGAGCCAGCAUGACCUAGCGUGAAAAGGCAUUAAACUGUCAGGCGACAGGUGCUUGCUGGUGGUCAUGGUGCAGAUUUCGUGUUUGUGAGAAAUUCUGACAGGUUUCUAAUGCCGUGUCUGUUUCCUCCUUUCUCCCCUUCUGAAAGAAACAGAAGAGCUCCCACCUUCCGCACCACAGAAGUCUUGUAGGAGAAGCGGUACAUUCUCCAAACAUCCUGGUGAAGCAAAGAUAUGCCGGCUUGAAGUUCCUCCCAUCAACACAGAAGUAGACCGCAUGCAUCUAUCUUAUAAUCAGAUGGAGGAAGCUGGGAAAAGAUACAAGGAAAUGAGACGACGGACUAAGGUACCGUGUUUCUGCGGCAGAACUCUUUGCGCCUUCAUUUUCUUGCUUUGACUCUGGAGGCCAUAAGUAGUGAUCCCUCUUUCAAGCCACCUUCGAUGCUGUAAAAAGACAUGUCAAGUUACCCCUCAAACGCUGUCUUACUCUGUUGAGUUGGCGCCAGACCUUGGGUUUUGCAAGUUAAAGGACUUACUCCAUUCACAGCAGUGAGUCAAAUCCAGUGGAAAUUCUCCCCCUGCUAACUGGAUGCUCCUUUCAGCAAUUUCUCUUUCCAUUUUCUGUCCUGAUUCCCCCUUCCCUCAGAGCAGAUUUUGGGGUCACUAAAAGGCUGCAGGAGGAAGGGAGGGGUUUUUUUUGGGGGGGGAAGCUUCUCAGACCAUUUUCAGGUACUUUUCACAGAUCAGGGGUGGGAACUCGUAUCCCUGCAGUUGUUGUUGUUGUCGUUGUUGGACUCCAACUCCCAUCAUCCUUGACUGUUGGCCAUGCUGGCUGGGGCUGAUGGGAGUUGGAGUGCAGCAACAGCUGCUGGGCCACAGGCUCCCCACCCUGACAGUGUGUAGGGCAGCAGUCUUUCCUCAGGGUUAGAAAGGAAUAUACAUUAGAUCAGGAAUGGGAAACCUGCGUUUGAACCAAGAAUCCCCAUCAUCCCUGGUCAUCAGUCCUCUUGAUUAGAAUUGAGAGGAGUUGCUGUCCCAACAACACCUGGAGGACCACACUUUCCCACAAGCCCUGUAUUAGUAGGUCCUUUAAUUCUCAGGUAGAAAAUCCUCCCCGGCACGCUAUGGUGUUUUGCACAGCACAGCGGCGUUCAGAUGUUUUGUAACAAAAGAAGCAAUGUCUGUUCGUUGCAGAGAAAGACGAACCCCUUAGAAUAUGCAGAACAGUGUAAGCUUGUGAAAUCCGGAGACGCGGUUGUGGACGGCCACUGCUUUCCGAGCACCAUCCAGGGUGAAAUGGGAGAGCUGGUGGACCAACACCGUCUGGCUUGCUACCUGGUCUACACUCAGUGUCUCAAGCUGUGUGAAAAAUACGGCGUCCCGCUUACCGAGAAGAUGCUGAAAAGGGGUAUGGUGAAACAAGGGGACUGGAGGGAAUGCUGUAUAUAUCAUCAAAGCAGGGUGGUGUUUACACUGGCUCAGGGUCAAAGUCGCCUGCUAAUCCCCCACAAAAAAAACAAAACAAAACCUAGGCAGAAUAACACUGUUACGUAGUUGUUCAGGUCUGAUGGGUGGUGGGUCUGGUAUAACAAAGAAUACAGUCGACUCAGGUUACAACCCUAAACCCACUUGCUUCGGGAGUUAUGUUCUAGCAGACUUAUUUCCGAGUAAAGAUGUGUAGGGUUGCGCUGCGGAACUUAACACACAGCCUGUCGGUAUCCUGCGAUUCCGUACAAGUGCUCCACAAGCACACCAACUUGGCUGCGUUUCUAGCCCUUAUGAAGGUAGGCUUUAGAGCACGGGCAAUGCCCAUCCAAGUUCCGUAAGCUAGGGAAAGGGAGGAGGGAGAUUGGCUGGUGCAGAGUUACGCCAGCAACGCCCAGUUAACUCAGAUGCACCGGCUCAUGUUGGGCUCCUUCAGAAAAGCUGUCUGCUCUAGCGGGCCACCACUCAAGUGAGUCAUGGGGAAAUCCACAAGUUGCUUGAACCUACCCAAGAUUCUUUGUACAGUGGUACCUCGGGUUACACACGCUUCAGGUUACAGACUCCGCCAACCCAGAAAUAGUACCUCAGGCUAAGAACUUUGCUUCAGGAUGAGAACAGAAAUCUUGCGGCAGCGUGGCGGCAGCAGGAGGCCCCAUUAGCUAAAGUGAUGCUUCAGGUUAAGAACAGUUUCAGGUUAAGUACGGACCUCUGGAACGAAUUAAGUACUUAACCCGAGGUACCACUGUAUAGCUAAGGUAGAAAUUUUGCUGUAUGUGGGUUGACUGUAAUGCCACAGUUCUUUCUUUCUUCUAAAAUUUUCAUUUUCUGUACCAUCAGCUUUGCUCUACCCACCGGACAGAAUUGUAAGAGAGGGGAACCAUUUCCGCAAGAUGAGACAACCUGGAGGUUAUUAUGACCAAUCUGGAUACCAACCAAGAUUGCCAUCAGCACAACCCAUAAGCACUUCGGGAGACAAAAAAGGGUUUGUUUGUUUUUUGGGUUUUUUAAAAAAUCAAGACAAUACACAAAUUGGUUUGGUUUGGUUUGGUUUGGUUUGGUUUGGUUUGGUUUGGUUUGAAGAUAAUAUCCUAUUACAGUUCCUGUACAAGCAGCAGAGAAGUCUUUGCAAAUUCUCAUGCUGGAAUUUCCUUGCUACAACCAAAGCCAGUCAACUGGGCAUUUUGAAUCGAUUGGGCACUUUCAGUCCACAGCUCCCUGGCUUAAUUGUCCAUGGGUGUUCUGGGCAACUUUCACAUGGAAUAUAGGCUGUUAGCUGCAUAAGGUUAGGGCGCCUGGUUUUGACUGACGUACCAUACCUUAAUGCAGCCCCAAGAACUGUGGGAAAUGUUCCUGAGGCUUGAACAGCACCGAGGCUUAAAGUAAGUGAGGGGGCGGACUUUGAGCAUUGGAUGCCUCAACCUGGCAUAAGCAAAAGCAAAGGCACUAUAGGAUGCAAAGUCCAGAACGCUGGACUGGAAGGUCUUAGGAUUUCUAUACCACAUCCAUGCCCCUGCUUCAGAGCACAGCCAUUAUGGGCUGCUUACGGGCUCCCAUACUGGGUCACUGGCUUAAAAUCAUUUCCUCAGCAACAUUUGAACAACAGCGUUUUUGCUGCUGCAAAAAUAUUAGGAGGCUUGCGGACAAACGCCGUUCUGAGUGUUUUCUUGUCUUCUCCUUCUAUUCCCCUCUUGGUGUCUCUAAACAAAUUGUUUUUCCUUCUCCCCUAGAAAGAAGAAGGCAGAGGUUAAGAAGCCAGAGGUCCAAAAAACAGACAAGACCCUUAACACCCGCUGGAAGUCAUACAGAGAGUUUUGGAAACUAAUGAAGUAUGUGUUCAAUCUGCUGGGUGUUAUCCUAGAUUUUUAUCAGUGCUUGUAAUAUAGAGCUGUGCCAUUGAGUUUGGCCCCCUCAGGCUGCCAUCCUACCCAUGUCUACUCAGAAGCAAGGGGGUAUACCCCCAGGUAAGUGUGGCGAGGAUUGCAGCCUUAUUCUUUCACAGCCUUACUGACCCUUCCUAUUGAAGUUGACCUGGUCACUCUGCAAAAGCUGAUUGGUGUCUUGUCUUAGUGAUGGGGCCUCUAUCUCUAAACCACAUGGGACAAAUGUUUACCUCACAUUAAAGUAGAGGCGGGGUUAUUGGGUUUUUAUUUUGAUUAUGUAUUUUGUGGUUUCAUAUUUUGAUUUUAUUCUGUGAAGUGCCCUGAGACCAGUAUAUAAUUAUUAUUUUUUUAAAAAAAACCUCUCCCAUACAGGCUGCCUCUUUUUUGUUUAUUAAAUUUGUAUACCACCUUAUUAUCACACAUCUCAAGGUGGUUCACAACAUAAAAUUACAUUAUAUUAAUAAAACACAAUAUAUUAAUAAAAACAAACGCAACCCAAUAAUCCCACUUGCACAACACAUUUAAAAGGGUAUUAGAUGUCCAUCAGCUGAAGGCCUGGUUAAAGAGGAAUGUUUUUGCCUGGCACCUAAAGGUGUAUGAACAAAGCACCUGACAAACCUCCCUGGGGAGAGCAUUCCACAAACGGGGAGCCACUGCAGAGAAGGCCUGUUCUUGUGUUGCCACCCUCCAGUCCUCACACAGAGGAAGCCCAUGAAGAAGGGCUGCAGGUGAUGAUUGCAGAGUCCAGGUCAGUUUAUAUGGGGAGAGGCAGUCCCUGAGUUAUUGUGGCCCUGAGCCAUUUAAGGCUUUAUAGAUCAAAACCAGCACUUUAAUAGGGCCCGGAAACUAAUUGGCAGUCUGGCCAGUAUCGGUGUAAUAUUUUCAAACCAUCUUGCCCCAGUGAGCAACCUGGCCCCUGAAAUCUGCACUAGCUGAAGUUUCCUAACCGUCUUCAGAGGCAGCCCUAUGGGUAACGUGCUGCAGUAAUCUAACCUAGAAGCUACCAAAGCACAAACAACAGUAGAUAGGUUGUCCCUGUCUAAAUAAGAGCACAGCUGGGCCACCAGCUGAAGCUGAUGGAAGGCAUUCUUGUGCCGCUGAGGACACGGAGAGCACUGUAAGCGUCCGGUUGCUGCUCUGCAGCCGUGCCCUUACCUGCCCUCACACCUGAUGUCACUUAGGACAUUUGAUGUGGGACAAGCAGGCAUAGUUUGGAAAACAGCCUUGUGAGCCAAAUGAGGUUUCCCGCUGUGCCUAAGCAGGCCCACAGGCUGGACAUUCCUUGGUGAGCGGGGCACACGGACAGCAGGCCCCUCUGCGGUUGCCUGUUCGCAGGUUCGGUUUGUGGUUCCACUGCUUCGCAAACGGAUGUUUUUUCCUCUGCAGAGCAGCUUUGCAGGCAGUUUUGCUGGUCUGCAGAGGAAAUAUAUCCACGUACAGGCGUGGUUUGAAUCCAAAACACACCUGCAAACUGACCAAGAGGGGCUUCGCUGUCAGUCAGCUGAUUGGCACAGGCAGCAAGCCCCUUCGAAGUGGCCUCAGGUGAUGGCGUCAGGUGCUUGAUGGAAGGAGGCCCAGUUCGCCAUCUGGUCUUUGGGCUAAAAGAAAGCUCCCCACUCCUGCUUUGCAUCAGCCAAAGCCAGCCUGCCGGCUGCUCCCUCUAUUCUGGAGGCUGAGGUGCUGCUUCCCACCACCAGUGCAAACACGGGCAAGAGUGUUCGCAGGGCGAGUGUGCAAAAUAAGUCAGGGACUUGUCAGGUGAUCAGUGCUGGCAGAAUCGGUUGCUACUGCCAUUUUCUUUGAAUUCAGCCACUGCAUUCAGUGAGCAUGCUUCAGUUGGUGUAAAUGAGUGUGUAAUAUUUCCACGUGUGUUACAUAGAAGUUAGGCUACGCUUGCUUCCAGGGAUUAGAUCUGAAAUCAGGCUGAAAUAUUUCAGAUAUACUGUUUGGGUAGAAAUAGGUGUUGGGUCUGGGGCUCCUCUAUCCUGUCAGUUGACUGUUCACCAGAUUUCUCCUUUCCAGCUUGGCCACCUCUAAGCUUACGGUGCAUUUCUUUUUGCAGGCCUCACUCAAAAAGAGUGCUUCCUCCAGAUAAUUUUUUCACUGCUUAUAACUUUGCCUUAGCUGAAUCAAUGGGCAUACUUGUGGAACAAUACGUGGAAAGGUAUGGCACACAAUGUUUCUUCUUUUCUUUUAGAAGAGUUUUAAAACAAUUUAUAGUCUCGUACCUGAAGGAAUUUCCUCAGGCAAGCUUUUGAUUAAAGGUUUGGUUGGCCUCCUCCCUCCCUCUCCUCACCUUUUUCCCACUUUGGUUUGGUUUCUUCCCAUUCCCAGGUUUAACGAUAAUAGUCUUUAACUCUGCUUCAUUCUUUUAUUCUCUCCCUGCUUGUGUGCAUUCCCUCAAACUCCCCAUCCCAUCUUUAUUUAAGGCUGUGUCCACACCAUGCUUUUAAAGUAAUGUGGUAUAAACAGUCAAAGAAUCCUGAGAACUGUGGUAGCUAAUGGUGCUGAGAGUUGUUCCCUUCACAGAACAACAGUUUUCAGAGUCACCUGCAAAUUGGAGUUGAUGGUUCAACCACUCUGAGAAUUGUAGCUCUGUGAGAGGAAUAGGGGUCUCCUAACCACUCAGCACCCUUAACAAAUGGCAGUCCCCAGGAUUCUGUAGGGGGAGGCAUGACUGUUAAAGUGGUGUCAUAGUGCUUUAAAUGUCUAGUGCAGAUGUGUCAGGAUGGUGCCUGACAUCUCCAUCAUCUGGGGAUCCUUGGAUCGAGAUUGUUUUCACACACUAAAACCACACCCUGUAGAAUUCUAUCAGUUAUAUUUAAUCUGCACAAUCAUAAUGAAUUUCAGGAGCCAAAGUGCUUUUUCUGUGCAGCCAGAGCAGGAGCAGUCACCGUUAAGAAAAAGGUUGGGAUAGGCAUAUAUUGGAAUAGGCAGAGAGAGAGAGAGAGAGAGAGAGAGAGAGAGUCUGUCCCUGGAUCAAGUGACUUUUCUUCCUUAAGUUCACAAAGCUCUUAACCUAGCUCAAGGCUGUCAUCUGAAGGAGCCAGAUGUUUACAUGAGAAUCAAUCACAGUCAGUCCACCAUUUGAAAAAUAAGACUUUAGAGCCACCUUGCCCCAAAAAGGCAACUAGACAUUCAAUUUUGGUGACCGUAACCUUGGUUGAAGGAGUCAUUCAGUGCCUAGCUUACCGUAUUUUUCGCUCUAUAGGACGCACUUUUUCCCCUUCAAAAAUGAAGGGGAAAUGUGUGUGCGUCCUAUGGAGCGAAGAUGCCAUAGCCCUGCGACCCUCUCCCGGCUGGAGAGGUGACGCGCGGCUAUGGCAGGAGCCUCUCCGCUGCGCCUUUCCGCUGCUCCCUGACCUGCUCUUUGGGGCUGGUGGUGGGCUUCCCCCCGCCAGCCCCAAAGAGCAGGUUGAAAGGAACCUGAAGCCUGGAGAGCGAGAGGGGUCAGUGCACACCGACCCCUCUUGCUCUCCAGGCUUCCAAGGUAGCCGCCUGAACGCACCUUAAACAGCACCUUGUUUUAGAGCGGGAAAACAAGAGGGGGAAAGUUCUCCCCCUCUCUGUGCAGCGCCUCCUGCUGCUUCACUGAAGGGGCACUGGGCAGAGAGGGGAAAAAAAUUUUUUUCUUGUUCUCCCCCCUCAAAAACAAAGUGCGUCCUAUUGUCCGGUGCGUCCUAUGGUGCGAAAAAUAUGGUAUAUAUCUGAGUUUCUAACGCUACCCUACUCCAAAGCUAGGCCUCCUUUCCAUUUUACGUAGACCUGUGCAUUUUCAUAUUGAGCUUGCAAGAACGACGAACCAUGUUUUCAUGAAAUCUCCAUGUCACAAAGCCUGCAUAUUGUGGUUGUAUGUUGGUUUGUAUUUCACGCUAACAGUAUUUCUUUCCUUGCAUUUUGAUUUCAGUGAGCUAAGGAAGAUGUUUGCCCACCUGAAUCCCAAGACUGACCCAAAUAAUUUCUGGCCAGGACAUCUUCUUAGCCAGCUGCGUCUCUUUCUACCCCUGGAAGCCCGCGACAACGGGAAUGCUAUAUUCAGCCACGUCCCUCGCACGUCCCCAGCCUAUCCUGCUAGAUACAAUCCUGACCGCAGCUGGCCAGUCAAUGACCAGGGAUACGUGUCGUACGGAGAUCCAGAAUCCCAAAAGCAUAAUUAUUAUAUUUGACAGUGUUUCAAAAUGUUCCUGACAUUUCAUGAGCACAUGACUACUCCGGCGGAUCUGCUGUGCAAAGCCAAUAUCCUAAGCGAAACAAGAACAUGGUAAGAAGAUUGCAGUGAAAGAUGGAUGGCAACAGUCUUGUUUGGUUAAAGGGGUUUUUCAAGGCUGUCAGUAAACUUAAUACUACUACUACUACUACUACUACUACUACUACUACUAAUAAUAAUAUACCCUGCCCAUCUGGUGGCUGGGUUUCCCCAGCUACUCUGGGUGGCUCCCAACAUAAUAUUAGUAAUAAUAAUAAUAAUUAAAAAGUGAUAAAACAUCAAACAUUAAAAACUUCCCUAAACAGGGCUGCCUUCAGAUAUUUUCUAAAAGUCAUGUGCCCCAACUGCAUUUUCUGACUUUAGGCAUUCCGACAAGUAAAUGCAUGGGUUUCGGGGGCAUGCUUGCUAGGUCCCCCAGGCCCCAUUGCUGAUUUUGUCACCCUUGUAUUGUCUCAGUAUUUCCCAAACUUGGGUCUCCACCUGUUUUUUGGACUACAAGUCCCAUCAUUCCUGCCCAUGGGUCCUGCUAGCUAGGGGUGAUGGGAAUUGUAGUCCAAAAACGGGGGGCGACCCAAUUUUGGGAAACACCAGGAGUGUUUAUGUAUCUAUGGAGAAUCAGGGUUCUUAAAUGUAUGGAGAGACUACAGGUACAGAAGGCAGGUUCUAGCGUAGGGAUAGGCACCCUGGGGCCUUCCAGGUGUAGUUUGGCUCCCAAGUCCAUCAGCUCCAGCCAGCAUAAUUUUAUACAUCACAGUCAAGGUCCUCUCUUGUCACCUCCCAGCACCCUGGCAAAUUGAAAAGCUCCAAAGCCUUUUCUCAUAGGGAAAGUGAUCUGACUAAUUGGUCAUUGAAAUCCUCUUUCUACACCUCUUCCAGCACUUUGGAGUCCUAGAGUGGGCUCAUGCCUUGCUUCCAAGCAUGAUGCAGUGUGCUGGUAUUAACUGUAACGUCCUAAAUGGCUCAGAAUCCAAGGGCCUUAAACUUGGGUAGUCAGCAGACGUCAGGCAUGCAGGAUCUGUUUUGGGGAAGAGCUGUAGUUCCAUGGUAGAGCACAUGCUCUGCAUGCCAAAAGUGCCAGGUGCCACCCAUGCCAUCUCCAGAAAGGACCAAGAAAGACUUGUGCCUUUAACCCUGGAGAGGCACUAGCAUCCAUGUAGGCAACAGCUAAAUGGACCAAUGGUCUGGCUCAGUAUAAGACAGGUCUUUAUAUUUCACAAACUAGAGGGUGAAAUAGUAGAUGGGGGGGACGGGGGAGACAUUGAAAUUAACGAGCAUAACUGAGUUACUUCCAUUCAUUUCAACCAGUUUACUCUGAGUAAAACUUAGUAGAAUGCCCCUGAGCACAUGCUCAGCCCAGGAAUUUGCCCCCGAGCUAAGCUCACAAUCCUUUAAUACAAAAACACCUGAUUCUUCCAUAAUCUUUAUUUUAGCACAUAAUUUUUUGGGGGGGGGGGUCUUAAUUGUUGCUAUAGCUAAAAGAGUUGGGAGCCAGAAACAUUUGCAAAUCAUCCAGAGGUCCACCAGCAGAUCAUCAUUUUCCUUCUUCGCACUUCUUCCUUAAGGAUCACCCCAUGAAUGAGCAAUCAGCUUAAGAUCUGCCUUCCUUCUGUGUGGUGGCUUCCUAUCUUUAAAAUUCUAUCCCUGCUGUUUUUCUAACAUCAUAUUAUCUUUUUUGUGCCAGAUAACCCCCAUUUAUUUUCCCAGGCCUUUGUGUGGAGUUUUAAGUCUGCUUGUAUUGGUUUCACUCUUUUCUUUAGAAGUUUGUUGCUCUUUGUUUCCUGAUUGUAUUGUUAUGGUUUCAUCAUCAUCAUUAUUAUUUAUUAUUAUUUUGUAAGCUACUUUGGGUGUCCUUGAAGAGGGGAAUGGGGGGGAAAUGUAAUGCAAUAUAUCUAUUCCUUUUUAAGAUGGGCAAUCAAUAUAUUCCUUUUUUGAGAUGGGCAAUCAGAAGAGUAUAUAGUAUUCAAAAUCCAGUCACAUUAUAGAUCUAUAUAAAGGUAUUAUAAUCCCGGCAGGUUUUUUCAGUCUCUUUCCUAAUAAUCUCUGGCACUGAAUUUGUCUUUUUUCCAAACACGCAGCCACACUCUGUUGAUCUUUCACUUAACUAUCCACCAUAACGACAAGAUCUCUCUCCUAGUUUCUAAUGGUCAGUUUAGAUCCUAUAAGCAUAUAUUGGCUAUGGUGGCCCAUGACAUUCAGCCAAACACUGGCUAUGCAUUUACAAGCGUGUGGAGAUGGACAGCAGUACUCACAGCUGCUUAGCUUCUGCUGCCAUGACACCCAGAGCUAAGCCGCAAUCUCCCCUGGAAAAUAACACAAACAAUAAGCCAUGAACAAAGCUUGACUACAGGUCAAGCAAGACAAAACAGCCCAGGUAUAGAUGUAACACUAAGCCAAACCUUGGCGGCGCGAGGACGCAGGGAGGACUGCAGCAACCACAAUCCCACACAUUUGCUAGUUCAUGCUAUUCACAUUAUGAAAUUGGGGGGGUGCACUGUUGUGCACCUCUUUCUACUUACUUAUACUGAAUCUCCUUUACCAGUUUGUUGCCUGUUCAGCAUCAGGAACUCUGUUUGUAAUUAUUCACAGUCUGCAUGCCUUUAAAGCAAAUUUGAUUCACAUUUUCCCGUCUCAAGCAAUUCUGGGCACACAGAGUUACAGUUCCCAGAAACCUUUAACAAACUUCAGUCCCAAGAAUUCUUUGAGAGAAAGAAAAUGCCUCGAAUGUGGUUCAAAGCCAUAGUAUGUACACAGUCAAAUGCUAAUCGCUCUGCCAGACACUGUCCAAUAGGUAUUCCUUUUCUGGACGUUCCAGUAGUAAUGGCAACUCUUCCUGCAUAAAGAAAUACAUCCCUCCCCCCCCCGCAAAUUUUUACUGCAGUAGAGUGUUAACGAAACACAGUAUCCCACAAUAAAAUGCUUGGCACCCCUUAAAACAAAUGGUUUAUUUACUGAGUUAAUAAAUUAUAUCCAUAGCCUGAUCGUCUAGAAGAGCUGUAAGAAGGGGUUGCUCUUUACUGCUAGAUUGCACAAUAAACAAUUACCAUAUUUUUCUGUGUAUAAGACUAUUUCCCCCCUCUUUUUUCAAGUUUAAAAUUGGGGGGUUGUCUUAUACACAGAUAGUACGUAUGGGGGAUUUAUUUGGAGUCCCAAAAAAUAGGGGUCGUGUUAUACAUGGGGUGGGGU